CGACAUGGUCUUAACGUUAAAGAAUGUUAAUAACAUAUUUCAUAAUUCUAUAAAUAGUAAGGAAAAAAGAUGGAGUAAGAUGUUUUGUAAGCUAGGACAAAAUAUACAGCAGGAAAUUGGCCAAUACAUUGACAAAGGGUUAAACUACCGUCCUUAUGACAGUGUGUCGUGACAAAUGCACUUUUAAUGUCAUUGUUGUCAAAUUGCAUCACGAUGUGUGUCUUGUGUAGCUAACAUCACGUGCAUUCACGUGUGCGUGAAAUGUCAUCGUCAGUUACACGUCUUUAUUUUCCUACACGAAGCAUCGUCGUAUUUCUGUACCAGAGAAAAGCUGUCACAUAAUUCCCCGAGCACCCAAUAACUCACCACGUCACAUCAGACUCCAUGACAAAUCACCCAGUUAAGAAGAGGCGUGUACCUUCCCAGACGAGAUCACUGGCGUUUGGUACAGCGCCGACAAGGGAGCCCUCUCCUUCAACUCCACAAUGAUCGACGACUAUCCCAUCUUCAUGUCCUACAGUGUUAGCAGUCUCGACUUUGUGUGUGAGGAAAAUCAAGGAUAUAAAUAUUUACUAAAGUCCACCACCACGACUCUUGUAUUUGGUAGCUAUAUCUAUGGCUACCUGUGUAUAGAGCUGAGACGUGUGUCUCCAUACAAGUACUACUAUUACUUAGGAACAACUGUGGAACAGACAGUAAACGAACACAUCUACGGACGUGUGGCGGCGGUCACAGUUACCAUGACCGACGCUUGCAAUAGAGCCGAGCCGUACGAAGACAGCAGUUUCAUUAUGUUGGUCAAGGAUGGAGCGCCCUACUCCACUCUAGGCGAGGCCUCCUGUACGGGUCUACUGGCCAACUACGGCAGUGUGACGGUAAAAGACUACACCGGCGCAACUUCCUGCACCGGAUCGUCCGUUGUCGGAUGUUCGGACAGAACACGACAACAGUUCACGUACGCUUCGUGCGCAACAAGCAUGGUUUUUUCUAGUGGAGGAUUAUUUAUGUGUAUGAGAGCUACUACAUACGGGGAUUAUAUAUAUCUAUCUCUGUGGAACAAUGACACGACAGUCGAUGAUUCGUCUACAUUCAGAUUUACUUGUAUGGCGAUAUCAUAUGGCGGAGGCAAUGCGUUCUUGACAGUGCAUCCUAGAUAUUGUAAGGAUGCCUCACAGACCGCCACAUCAGUCCCGACCCCCGGGAUAAUCAUGGAGUUCAGCAGCCAGACAGAAACCUGUGAGCAAAUCGUGGAUGGUGCUACCUAUGUGAUGUACAUCGUCAUCAUACUAAUAUUUGGACCACUGAUUAUCUUCGGUAUAUUAGUACUUGGAUACUGCUGUAAGAAGAAGGGCUGUCCAUGUUCAAAGACAAGCACUUGGUGCAAGAAGAAAGGUGAUAACAGUAGUCGUGUGACAUCAUCUUAUUCUGAGAGACAAGACUCGGUCACCAACACUGUGUUUAAGAUGAAAAGUCUACCGCCACUUUGGAUCAAACACAAGCGUCCUUUUGGACCGAUCGUGGAAGCAAACAUGAUCAAGCCGCUUCCUAAAGUUGAAUCUCUGUACAGUAAUACAAAGGGAGCUAGGCUCAUGUCGUCCAAAUCUAGGAAAGGAUCACUGGGCAGUUUAUUCAGCUUCAACUAUAAAACUUAAUCAUACGUUAUAUGAUUUGACCAUUCUUGUAGUAAGUUAACUACAUAGCUAGAAAGAAAAUGGCCUCCGUAAGAAUUAUUGUUUAGACGUUCCACAUGGUCAGCAAUUCUACCCGGAUGGAUGUUUCAUUGUUUCCUUUCUAAUGAACAGUGUAUAUCGAACUAUAUACCAUAGUGUAAGGAACGCUAGUUUGGACAGCUGUACUAAUAUACCGCUGUUGAAACAUUCUAUUAUAAAUCCUGAUACAUAAUUUGUAUUACGGCUUUCUGUCGUGUUUUAUCAUCACAUCACUGCUUCCGGAGUAUUAGAUUGGAUAUAGAAAUAGCUGUGGUGAAAGUUCCUUAGAAUGGAACAUUAUGUUCUCGUCGGCAGUUUAAAACGCCAGGGGACAUAACUCUGAUUAUAUCCAUUGAGAAGAAGAUAGUACACGAGUGUGUGUCGACAAUAUAUGUCUUCGCUUUAUACUUAACACCCCUCACAAUAGUUACAUGUAGCAGUGAUGAACAUAGGGGGUCAUAACAUGUGUUUUCCAACCUCCCCCUUCCUAUCAUAUCCUCUUUAUGUAAGCUUCAUGUCCAAUGUUUCGGUUCCGCAUGCCAUUAUCUAUUGAAAUGUUGGAUUGAUUCUUACUCGGGUAACAUUUGAAUUUGUUGUUAUUGUUUUCUGUGUAUACAGCCGGAUUGGUAUGAACAUGAUUAAGAAGCUGUCGUAAUUCUAACUCAAGAAUGACCAAAGGGGGCAAACUUUGAACAAAGUUAAAAGGUUUGUAUUGAAACCCGUGAAAAAUAAAAAAGGAGAAAAAGACCAGGUGUCAGUAGAUACACUGGCUAUGGAAGUGUAGAGAAGGGGAACUGAUGAACGUGUUUUUAUUUUGUUGGCAUAUAUAUAUUGUUAUUUUGAUAAUUUCAUCUCUGUGCUAUUAUAUAUAGUUUUGACGAAAUAAAUCCUAUUAGGAGUAAUGACAGUAUUGAUUGUAAGGUCAUCAUAAAUAUGUAUACCAUGUAUACGCAUGAGGGUUGAUUACAAAAAUAAUGACCACUAACUCCUGAGUCUGCCUCGCAGCGUCUAUAUUUUUGUUACUUAUGUUUGUAUAUUUGAAAUAUGAAAUUGUUUUAUGACGUUAAACAUACUAAGUUAUAUUGUAACCUGUUCUGUUUCCAAGACUAACAUGAUAAAUCUGUACUGGAAAUAUA